CCCGCCGACAUGAGCGGAGCGGGGGCCGCCGCGGGGCCGCCGGGAUGGCGGCGGGGCAGCGGGCUGUUCCUCCCCGAGGACCCGCGCGGUGCCGCACCUGUGGAUUUCCUGCAGGAGCUGCCCAGCUGCCAGGCGGCGCGGCGGCGGCGCGGCGGGACCCGGGAGCGCGGGGCGGCCCCGCACGGCCCCGCCGGCACCCAGCCCCGGGCGCUGGGGCAGGAUGGAGGCGAGCUGGCUGAGCGCCCUGCCAGGGAGCACCCGCUGAGCAUCGCGGAGAAGAGGAGAUUAAGGGACUCUCAGCAGGCUGAUAUAAAAUAUUUAUCUAAAUGGAAUAAGUGGAAAAAAGCUAACAGUAAAUCAUUGAAAAAAGUACUCAGUGAAGCCAAGGGGUUGUCGUCUUACCUGGUGCUUUGGCGACGUGAUAUUCACAGCAUUGAAGGGAGAUUUGGUACUGGCAUCCAGUCCUACUUCUCCUUCCUGCGUUUUCUGGUCCUGCUGAAUUUUAUAAUUUUUAUCCUGAUGUUCAGUUUUAUUACUCUUCCCACCAUCAUUUCUGACUAUGGAAUAUUCAACAGUACCGUUGCUAACAUUUCUCUAAAGAACACAGAUUAUAACUGCUCAAUUUAUGAACCUAGUGGUAAUAAGGGACUUGUUUACUUCUAUACUUACCUCCAAGAUUUGCUCAGUGGCACUGGAUUCCUUGAAGUGACAAGAUUGUUCUACGGCUAUUACACAGUAGAUGCUGUAUGGAUCAGUGUCAUGAGGUACAACUUGCCCCUGGCAUACCUCCUGGCUACAUUUGCCUACCUUGCAUUAAGUUUCCUCUGGAUAAUAAAAAGGUCUGUGGAAGGAUUUAAGCAGAACUUAGUGCAUGAUGCAGACCCAUUUCAGAGUUACUGUAACAAAGUCUUUGCAGGCUGGGACUUCUGCAUUACAGAUCCCAGUGCAGCUCAGCUAAAACACCGUAGCUUGCAAUAUGAGCUCCAGAUGGACUUGGAGGAAGAAAGACUGAAGCAAAAAAUAGCUGACAGGACAAUAAAAGAAGAGCUACGCAUCUACUCUCUGAGAAUAUUUAUAAAUAUAAUUGUUAUUGCCAUUUUAUCAGGAUGUUUUUAUUCUAUUUAUAGAGUAACUGUCUUCUCUCAAGAAAAGUCGAAUGACAUCAGCAAUACAAACUUCCAGGCUAAUCUCUUAGUGCAGUAUUUGCCUUCAAUAGUGAUCACAUUGGCCAACUUCAUUGGUCCUCUGAUCUUCUCAUUUCUGAUCAAAUUUGAAGAUUAUUUACCAGCCUUUGAGAUCAUACUGACACUCAUGAGGUGUGUCUUCCUGCGUUUGGCCAAUAUCGGGGUUCUCUUGUUCUCUCUGUGGAGUCAGAUCUCCAACUGUGCCGCUGACAAGUGUGAGCCCUGUGGAUACAAUUACAAACUCUAUCCUUGCUGGGAAUCUGACGUUGGACGAGAAAUGUAUAAACUGAUGAUAUUUGAUUUUAUUAUAAUUCUGGGUAUGACCCUGUUUGUGGACUUUCCUAGAAAGUUGUUAGUUACUCAUUGCUCCUGCAAGCCAGUUCAGUGGUGGGGAUUGUCAGAGUUUAGAAUUUCUGACAAUGUCCUUGAAAUCAUUUAUGGGCAGACUAUUUGCUGGAUUGGAACCUUCUUUUCACCACUUCUCCCUGCCAUAGCAACUGUUAAAUACUUCAUCAUCUUUUACAUUAAAAAGAUCAGUUUGAUACACGCACGAAAACCUGCAGAUAGGCCCAUCAGGGCAUCAAGUUCCAACUUUUUCUUCCUGGCAGUGCUGUUGAUUGGGCUCAUCUUGGCUUUUAUUCCUGUGGGAGUCAGCAUAGCAAGUAUCCCCUCCUCCAAGGCAUGUGGGCCAUUCAGGAAUUUUAACACUUCAUGGGAAGUUGUUCCAGAUACAAUACGUGGGUUUCCAAAAGGUCUGCAGCAGGUCCUUUUUGGCAUGGCAUCAGAAGCCUUUGCAGUGCCUUUUUUUAUGGUCGUUUGCCUCAUUAUGUUCUAUUUUAUGGCCUUGGCUGGAGCACACAAACGAGUGGUUGAGCGGCUGGAAGAACAACUGGCUUUGGAGAGUCGUGACAAGAUGUUCCUAAUCAGAAAGAUAACAGAAGCUAAGAGGCGUCCUUGAAAAUCAUGAAAGCCAAAAGAAUUUGACUUCCUGAAACUCCCAGAACCACAAGAUAAGAGUAGAAGCAUCUGCAGCACCAAAAAAUUGAGCAGCUAACUGGCACCAUGGCACUGCAGUCUAUGUAAUGAACACUUGUGGUCUUAGUCUUGAUUAAGCCAGUAGGGCCUAAAGUUUCCAAAACUGGACAUUCAGCUAAUUUAUACUUUGUUAGACCUGUUGAAAAAAUUGUGUGGUAGGACACUUUAUUGCUGCUCCAGCUUCAGGGUUGUUGGGAUUUUUUAAGUCCCUAUUUUUCCAAAGAGUUGGGGUAAAAUGUGAUCAUAACUGAAACUCUCUUGUACUGUUUUUACAAAUUAUGCUCUAAGAAUCAUGAGGGAGGGGAAAGGUAUGGUACUACAUGUUUCCAACUCACUUAUCUUUUUAAAACCGAAGCAAAAGAAAGAUGUAGGCAAGUAUUUUGAAACGGUGCAUGGGAGAAGAAAAUGCCACAGAUGGGUUUGAAAUCAGUUUUCUAAAUAUUUUUAGAGAUGAGGCUUUUAUAUUUAUUUUGCUCUGAAGUAGCAAGUGCGGUUGAACACUGGAUAACGUCGCAAAAUGGCUCAGAGAAAACAAUAACUCUUAUGAUAAAAGAGCUCUGAAUAAACACUGGGGUGUAGGAGGAGAAGAGCAGCCAGGUCAGCAGGCACAGCCCUGCUUGGGCACCAGCUGCUGUGGAGGGCUCUUUUAUUUCUUUUUCUUUUUUUCCCCCCCUCUUUUUAAUGUUUUUAAGCAUUAUUAUUUGUGUUUUAUUCUUGUGUGAGCAUCUUGACUACUGUUCUUUUUACUCUAAAAUGUGAAUAUUUAAGAGUUAUUGGUUGGUAACACUGUGUGUCAGUGCCCCUUAAUUACACGUUUCUUCUCACUUAUCUGCACUGCUGGGGCCAUGUGAGUCGCAGCAGUGUGUUCUGGGAGGUUACUAACAGAGAUUCCUUUAUUUAAAGACUGGUGUUAAGGAUUUUCUGUACAGAAUUGUGUAUAUUCCUUGAAAUCUGCUCUUUGGUUAAUGUGAGACACUAUCCUUUUUAUGUAACGCUCCGGGAUGUUUUCUGCCUUCAUUUUAAAGAGAUUAGCGUUCAAUAAAUGUUCUAUUUUUUA